AUGACAUGUUAUCACAGCUUUCUGACAGACGACAUCCUGUUUCAAAAGCUGCAUUCUUACGUCAACAGCUGGCUGGAAAUGGACAAGCUGGAGCAAGACCAGUUUGUUUUCUCCCGUGUCCGAGAGCUGGCACUGGAGCAGAAGAUCAUCCAGGCAGACUCUGGCAAAAGGAUAGAGAAAGCUGAUGACAAUGAGCAAGCCGCGCAAGGCUUGCAGUAUCACAUCUUGGAUGUCCGCAUCUGCAGAAAGGCGUUUGCAUCACUGCACCUGAUGGGCGAGCAUCCGCGGUUGAGAGGCUUGGUGAGCGCUGUGAUGCAAGGCCGCUCGCAGGCACCGACUGACAAGCGCUACCUCAAGCGUAACCAGAGUCAGACUUCAGUGAAGACUGGAGAGGUAUACUCGUACCUGGAAACCUUGUAUGAGUCUGUAGCGGAGCGUUUGCCAGAGGAUGAUGCCGUAGAGUUGGACAUGAGUGGAGAUUUGGGAAAUCAACAGGACGACUCCGAAGCUGAGGAAUCUAAUGUCAUCCUUUUGGCCGACUGUGAGGCUUCAGUGACUGUGGGGCAUGAUUCCAAAAAGUACCUGCCACCAGGAAGUAUCUACGACGAGUACAAACAGUACCUAGCCCUCGGCAAUGAGAAGUGCAGUUUCAGUACCUUCAUUCAGGUUUGGCAAACACAUUUUGCUGGCAUCUUGGGGUUUCGUGGCAAACGUCAACAUGCGAUGUGUGCAACGUGCACGCGGCACAAGCUUUUGUUGUCGUGUAUGCCACAUGCGGCCGCAAGAACUCGGCAGAGGCUGUUGUUCGAACGCCAUUUGGCUGACCAAUACCGGGACCGAAUGAUUUACUGGAAGACGCGUGGGGACUCCCGAGCUCUUGGUUCGUCGACGCUGUCCAUAAUCAUGGACAGCGUCGACCAGGCGAAGUUUGCCUGGCCAAGAAGCAAGGUCUUUAGAUCAAAGCAAUUUGAUGCCUUCCAUAGACCCCGCUUGCACAUUACCGCAGCCAUAGCCCACGGACACGCGGUAAUGGUGUACGUUGCACACAGCGACGUCACACAGGCAGGCGCGACAACCGUCGAUAUGCUAGGGCAUCUAUUGACUCGAUUGAAAGAUAGCGUGCCCUGGCUGCGACCAUGA